UUGCUGAAUACGCUUGGAGUGGAUGUUGGAGUUGGCUUGCAUUCACGAAGAUCUGCAGUGAAAAUUGUUGACUUCAUUGCAAAACAGAUCAAGACCACCGUGUUUUCAACAAUUAUUGCAAAUAAUCAAAAGGUGUGCCUAAUAAUUGAUGAAGCCUCAACACUUUCAAUGAGAGCAGUGCUGAUAGUUUUUGUUAGAGGAGGAUCCAGAAUGCCAGCAACCAUCUUCGUUGAGCUUCUGGAAUUACAGAGACAAGAUGCGGAGACCAUAUAUUCUGCAGCAAUGAAAAGCUUGCACAAAGUUGGAUUCACCACUGAAUAUCUGUGGAAGAACUUAAUCGCUUUCUGCUCCGAUGGUGCCAACGUUAUGCUUGGAAGAAAAUCUGGAGUCAGCACCAGAAUAACUCAAGAAUUCCCAAACAUCAUCAUCUGGCACUGCUUGAACCACCGCCUGCAACUUGUGCUGGAUGAUGCAAUAAGAGAAGUGAAGCAGGUCAACCACUUCAAGAUCUUCCUGGAUAAAGUGCACACCAUCUUCCACAAAUCCUGCAAGAGCCAGAAUGACCUCUUCCAAAUCUCUGAGCAAUUGGGCAUCGAAAUAGUGAAGAGACAGGGACCAAGAUGGGCUGCCUGUAGUUUAAGGGCAACCAUGGCUGUGUGAUGUGCUUAUCCAGUGCUACAUCAGUUUUUUCAAGGCAACGAAAGGUUCCCAGGCAUGGCUUCCCGCUUUCAAAAUUUAAAUUUUUAGCAGGAUUUGGCCCUGAUGAUCGACAUCCUAAGUGAGAUUUCUGUCCUGUCAGAUGCCCUACAGGGGAGAGCAACAAAUAUCAUCGUGGCUGAAAAGCUAGUGUUGCGAACAAUCGGUGCUGUUGAAGUGCUACUACAGAAAAAGGGGAAAUAUGAGAAAGAACUUAAGGAAUUGCUAAAAACAGAAGACUACCAAAACAUGAAUUUAGCUCCAAAUCAAUGA